CGACGGAUCAUCAUCUCUACAUCUGAGGUAUGAAUAUGCUGCGUUAUUAGCAGAAUCGCCCCUUCGAACUCGGCGGCAUAAUUAUCUAUCUGUUAGAUGCUGCUAUUUUUUCCAGCAGCAAUUAUGCAGCAUUCGGAUCUUUUGGCUGCUCCGCAACCCAAAUUAGAUUUGAAUUUACGAUGUCUAAGAUUAUUGCAUUGCCAUGGAAUCCCAGGAUCUUCAGGAAGCAAGCUGGAAGAAAAAUUUCGAGAGGGGUAUCUGGAGGGUCCUAAUAUUUUGAGAAAAUGGAAUCCGUCAUUCAACGUCAUCGCGUAGCACUUUACUUUAGAAAACAACGACAUGCGCUGGAAAAGGAUUAGAGACAAAUGCUAACGGCACCUAGACCGCACAUAAAAUCACAGAACU